UGCUGGAUUAUGAUUGGCCAGAACAUUUCCCUCGCUGCACGGAGCCCCUGUCACUAAUGAUUGCGAAAGCAUUGCUGACGAAGGAGGCGUAGCUUGGCGAGGAUCUUGCCAAAAGUUGCAGCGAAGUCUGGUCAGCAUCACCUUGUCAUUAUAUCUCAAGAUUGCUACAUCUUCUGAUGAAAUUUUAAAGUUCGUCGCUGGAUCAAAUUCGUUCCCAUAGCAAUUGGGCUUUAUCCCCCGCCAGGAGCCACCCAAGAUGGGGGGAUAUAGGACAUUUUUAAUUUUCGCAAUCCACCUAGCACUUUUAAUAGCAUUCACAAGUAGUCAAAAUUGUGACUUUGAACGAGGGACAUGCUCAUAUAUCCAAUCUACAAAUGACACAUUUGAUUGGUCAAGGCAAAGAGGCUCAACAAGUUCUUCUGGAACUGGUCCAUCUAGUGAUCACACUUCAAGCACAUCAACAUUUAAAAUCUAUACAACUGGUGGAAAUGCUGGGGGAGCUGCCUGUGUUUUCCCAUUUCUGUACAAUGGUGUAAAUAGGACAAGUUGCACAAGAGCUGGAUCUCUUAGAUACUGGUGUGCUACGACAAAUAAUUAUCCAAGUGACCAAAAAUGGGGAUAUUGUGCUCCAGCAGGCUGGUAUAUGUUUAUAGAGUCAUCAAGUCCAAGAAUAGAUGGGGACACUGCUGUGUUAUUUACGCCCAUCUUACCAGCUGGGAGCAAAUGCCUUACAUUCUUUUAUCACAUGUAUGGACCUCAUAUUUCCUCCUUGUCUGUGUAUGUUACAAGUGACAAUUCUACUCUUGGUACUGCACUAUGGGCUAAAAGUGGAACGCAAGGAAAUGUCUGGCAGAAUCACACCAUGACAGUUAGCAGUUCGUCACCGUUCCAGGUUGGCUUUGAAGGCAAACGUGGAAGUGAUUAUCAAGGGGACAUCGCCAUUGAUGAUAUUUCGUUUAAAGAUGGAGCUUGUAAUCCUGUCAGUUCAGAUAUGUGUACAUUUGAGACAGACACUUGUGGGUAUAUGCAUGAUGCAACUGGAAGAUUUAACUGGACAAGACACCAAGGACAAACUGGCAGUUCUGGUACUGGGCCCAGCUCUGACCAUACAAAGGGAACAGCAGCCGGUUACUAUAUGUACGUGGAAGCUUCUUCCCCUCGAAAGAAUGGAGACAAAGCACGAAUGUACAAAUCGUAUACUGGUUUGGCUUCAGGAGGCAGUUGCUUAGUGUUUUGGUAUCACAUGUUUGGAGCUGAUAUUGGACGUCUUAACAUUUAUGUCAAUAGUCAGGGCAAGAAUACUUCUUGGAAUAUGAUUGGCCAACAAGGCAACCAAUGGGCUAAAGGACAGAUCACAAUUCCUGGAACAAGCGGAAAUGUUGUAUUUGAAGGGGUCAUUGGAAACAGCUAUCAAGGAGAUAUUGCCGUCGACGAUAUUUCAGUUAUGAAUGGCAAAUGUGCUAACCCUGGGGAGUGUGAUUUUGAGACGAACCUUUGCACAUGGUACAACACGUUGGUUGGCGACAACUUCGAUUGGAUUGUUGGUAGUGGAAGCACUCCAAGCUAUUUUACUGGGCCUACUGCCGAUCGCAACGGCAACCGAACAGCCAAAUUUCUUUUCAUUGAAUCGUCAUCACCAAGAGUCGUUGGAGACACGGCCCAUCUUGUUAGUACAGUAUUCAACAGAACAGCAGGCAGUGGGCGUUGCUUUACCUUCUGGUAUCACAUGUAUGGCACUGACAUUGGAAGACUUAAUAUAUACGUGAACACUUCAUCUGGAGGCAAACAACUGAAAUGGAGACUCAUUGGUAACCAAGGAAACUCCUGGUUCAAUGGCCAAGUUAAUGUAGGCAUUGCGAGUGGUCCAUACAGUGUGAUUCUUGAAGGCGUCCGUGGAAAUGGCUACACCGGUGAUAUUGCCAUCGAUGAUUUUUCAUUCAGGGAUGGGGCUUGUUCCGUUGUACCCGCCGCUGCAGAUCCCAGUUCUGUUAUAACGACUGUUCCUCCAACUACCACGCCCACUGUCACUCCAUCUACUGGAAACACUGGUUAUGACUGCAAUUUCGAGUCGGGCCUUUGCUCGCCAUAUUGGAACCAGGACACAAACGACACUCUGAAUUGGACUUUAAGACGAGGCUCAACUCCAUCUGUUUCUACUGGACCAUCCGUGGAUCAUACACUGGGCACAGCAAAUGGCUACUACAUAUACCUUGAGGUGUCAAAUGUCAGGCCAAACAACUUUGCCAGACUGAUUAGUGGACAAAUACCAGCCACGAGUGCCUCCAAUGGGAAGUGCCUUAGGUUUUGGUACCACAUGUAUGGAGCCCACGUGAACAGAUUGAAUGUAUACGUCAAGGUUGGAUCACAUUUGGGAUCGCCUGUAUGGACUAAAAAUGGCACACAUGGAGAUCAAUGGAAUUUGGCAGCAGUAACUGUUCGCUCACCCUACUUUUUCAAGGUUAUCUUCGAAGCACUUGCUGGAUCAAGUUACCAAGGAGACAUUGCACUGGACGAUAUUUCGCUGAAGGACGGUCCUUGCCCUCAAGUAUCCUCAACAUGCACUUUUGAGGAUGGCUCCAUAUGCGGUUAUACACACGAAGAAACCAGUGCGGUUAAGUUCAAGUGGGCGCGCGGGAGUGGGCAGACGUCCUCAGUUGGAACAGGUCCCGGUUUUGAUCAUACCUUAGGAACAUCGUCAGGUUUUUACAUGUAUACCGAGGCUUCAUCGCCACGACAGCGGGGUGACAAAGCUCGUCUCAUUUCCCCAACAAGUCCACAGACAACAGGAUCUUGCCUUCAGUUCUGGUACCAUAUGUACGGCAGUGACAUUGGAACACUGAACGUUUUCGUCCGAACUGGGAACACCCUACCUAGCAGGCCAUUGUGGUCAGAGUAUGGCGAUAAAGGAAAUGCCUGGAAAGUGGCAAGGAAAACUAUUGCAUCGACCCAACCAUACGAGGUCGUUUUUGAAGGUAUUAUUGGAAAUGGUUACCAAGGUGAUAUCGCUGUUGAUGAUGUCAAGCUCACGGCAGGAGCCUGCCCUUCUCCGGGAUCAUGUACAUUUGAGAAUGGAAACCUCUGCACGUAUUCUAAUGCGAAUAGCGACAAUUUUGAUUGGAUCACAAGAAAAGGAAGAACCGGGUCUUCUGGUACCGGUCCAGCAGUAGAUCACACAACCGGAACCUCAAAUGGCACCUAUCUGUACAUUGAGGCCUCAUCGCCACGCCAGCCCGGGCACAAAGCGCGUCUGGUGAGCGAACAGUUUAACAACUUAGCCACAACAACACGUUGCCUUACUUUCUGGUACCACAUGUACGGUGCCGACAUUGGUAAACUGAACGUAAUCUAUAAAGUUCCAACUGGAGCAAACACAGAGACACUUAUCUGGAACUUGACGGGGCAGCAGCAGACAAGCGAAACUGAAGCCUGGAGGUACGCCAGUGUGCCAGUUGCCAGCAACACGGAUCACACGAUUGUCUUUGAAGGAAUAGUCGGUAGCAGUUAUAUGGGUGAUAUCGCCAUUGAUGACAUCCAAAUCACAACACAGAGGUGCACCAUACAGCCACCGAAUGCUAACCCCAACGGACCAGCCACCCCAGGACCAAGCACUGCAUUCCCAAACACGAUUCCUACUACAAUACCAACUGGUCCUUUCAACUGCAAUUUUGAAACCGGCCUUUGCCAGUACGUAGAAGACAGUACCAGUCAUUUCAACUGGACACGCGUGCAAGGUUACACACACUCAGCUGGAACCGGACCCAGUUUUGAUCAUACCCGCGGAAAAGGUGCGGUUGGACCUCGGGGACCAGGGUCUCUCGUGCAGGUGGGUGGUAAGUGUCUGCAUGUUCUGAAUGGAGCAUGGACGAAACCAGCAAAUGAUCAACCGCUUGUCACAUAUGAUGGGUGUGGUCAACAAAGAUUGGAGUUUUUGUUGACUCCUACUGGAUUGUUGAAGCACACGCUGUAUGGGCAGUGUGUGAGGCCAAAGGGAGGUGCUGUGGCAGAUGGAACCGAGAUCGGUAUCAGCGACUCCUGUGGAGCAGAUACCUGGCGUAUAACCGCACAAGGGUCUUUGCAGCACAUUCAGAGUGGGAAAUGUGUAAUGGCGAAGGGGGGCUACUCGAAUCCUCCUAACAACAACAAGCUGGUUCUUAUGACGUUUUGUGGGCAAUUCAGACAGAAAUUUUCAUGGCUUCCAACACUGGGUUGGUACGCCUUCAUUGAGUCUUCAGCACCAAGACAACCAAAUGACACCGCAAGGUUGAUGUCUUCAAAUCUAAUCACAACUAAGGGACAAUGCUUGAACUUCUGGUACCACAUGUAUGGAGCUCAUGUCAAUCAACUGAAUGUGUACCUUGAAACAAAUACUGCGAAUCUGUCACGACCGGUCUGGUCCAAGUUUGGAACACAUGGUGAUGUUUGGAAGGCAGCUCAUGUUUCAAUGAAUCAAAACCCACCAUUCAAGAUCGUGUUUGAAGCUGUACGUGGUAAUGGCUACCAAGGAGAUAUUGCAAUAGAUGACGUCUCAGUCACUCCAACCUGCCCCGCACCACUGGAAUGCACAUUUGAGGAAACGAACCCACCUUUGUGCGGAUGGAUGAAUGUAAGAGGCAGAGAUCGUAUUGAUUGGAGCCGAGCGACAGGCAGAACUGCCAGCGAUGGUACUGGGCCAGCUAGCGAUCACACUUAUGGAAAUGAUAAAGGAUACUAUAUGUUCAUAGAAACUUCUGGUUGGAUUCCCACUGGAGCUAAUGCGUAUCUGAUGAGUCCUCAAUACGAUCCUGCCUCCAGAACCGGGGGUAAAUGCCUUCAGUUCUGGUAUCACAUGUAUGGGAACUCGAUUGGUACGCUGAAUGUGUAUCUCAAAACUGGGUCUUCGUAUCCAGGCAGUUCUAUGUGGACUAGACGUCGUAACCAGGGUAAUCAAUGGCUCAUUGGUCAAGUCUCAAUAACAACAACGAGUUCGUUUAAUAUCAUUUUUGAGGGUGUGCGUGGCACAAGCUAUACAGGCGAUAUCGCCAUUGAUGACAUCAAAAUGCUUGACGGAGCUUGCAACCAACCUGCCUCUUGUGAUUUUGAGAACGACCGCUGCACGUGGACCAACACUGCCCAAGAGGACGAUUUUGAUUGGAUAAUAAGCAAAGGAUCAACUCCCUCUGGGACCACUGGGCCUUCAGCUGAUCACACUAAACGGAAUGGCGAUGGAACAUAUGCAUAUAUUGAAUCAUCGGCACCUCGAAAGCAAGGAGACAAGGCACGCUUUAUAAGCGAGAGAUUCCCGCUCACAACCGCGAAUCGUUGCUUGAGGUUUUGGUACCACAUGUUCGGCGCAAGCAUUGGAACUUUGAAUGUUUUAAUGAAAUACAAGGCUGGCAAUCUGACAACCUCGGAGAAAGUGAUUUGGUCAUUGUCAGGAAAUAAGCAACAAACCUGGAGGUACGGUGCUGUCCCAAUCCAAAGCACCCAAGAUUUCCAGAUGGUAUUUGAGGGAAUAAGAGGAAAUGGAUACGCUGGUGAUAUUGCUAUUGAUGACAUUUCUUAUACUGUUGGAAGCUGCUCGAUCAUGCCAGCUAACGCCGUACCGAUGCCGCCGACAACCUCUCCACCAACUACUUCGAGGCCACCAACGCCGAGACCGUCUGUAUACUCAUGUGACUUCCAAAAAGACUUCUGCUCCUGGACUCGAGAUGCCACAGCAAACUUCAACUGGACAAGGCACAUCCGUUCAACUUCAUCCUCGGACACUGGCCCCAGCACUGAUCAUACCAUGAAAAAUAGCUCUGGUUAUUAUAUUUACAUUGAAACUUCGUCGCCAAGAAGACCAAACGACACGGCGCGGUUGCUGAGCCCCACAAUUCCACCUGACGGUCGUAUGGGUCAUUGUGUCAAGUUCUGGUUCCAUAUGUAUGGUCCGCAUGUAAAUGCCUUGAAUGUUUACAAAAAAGUCGGUAAUGUACUACAGCUGGCAUGGAAACGAGUUGGAAACAAUGGUAACAUAUGGAGAUAUGGCCAAGUGACUCUGAAUAGCAAUGUGCAAUACCAGGUCGUGUUUGAAGGCGUUCGUGGCACAAGCUUUAGUGGUGACAUUGCCCUUGAUGACCUUGAUGUCUCUCCUGGCGUUUGUCCAACACCAACUGAAUGUGAUUGGGAGCAUGGCUUAUGCGGUUUCACCCAAGAUUCUACCGAUGAUUUUGAUUGGACUAGACAGAAGGGUAGUACCCCAAGCAUCGGAACUGGGCCCAGUGUUGAUCACACACUGCAAACAAAUCAAGGUUAUUAUAUCUACACGGAAAUGUCUGGCCUUAGAAGACCUGGAGACAAGGCAAGAAUGGUGUCUCCAGUUGUCAGCACUAAUGACGCCUUCUGUCUUGAAUUUUGGUAUCAUAUGCAGGGAAUUCAUGUUGGAACUCUCAACGUUUAUCGGCAGUCAACUGGUGUUGGCAGUGUUCGAAGUAUUGUAUGGAGCCAAAGUGGCAACCAUGGUGGCACAUGGAAAAUCGCCAGGGUAACUGUCAGUGCGGGUGCUGGUCGCCAAGUAACGUUUGAAGGUGUUCGCGGAAGUGGCUUUUCGGGGGAUAUAGCGAUUGACGACAUCAAGAUGAUUCCAGGAAAUUGCCCACCACCAGGUCAUUGUGAUUUUGAGACUGGUACUUGCACCUGGGUUAACGCCCAAACAGGAGAUGAUUUUGAUUGGCUAAGGGGAACUCAAGGCACGCCCAGUGCCUUCACUGGACCGUCUGUUGACCACACCACUGGGACAGCGGCAGGUUAUUACAUGUUCAUCGAGACAUCUUCUCCACGAAAGGUAGGAGAUGUUGCGUACCUCAUGUCUGAAAUGUUCCUUCCAACAAGUCUUCGCGGACGCUGCAUCAAGUUCUGGUACCACAUGAUGGGGGGAAAUAUUGGUACGCUCAAUGUCAACUUGAUGACGCAAAACGGAACAAAGAUCCCUGUGUGGUCGUUAACCGGCCAGCAAGGGAAUAACUGGAUGUAUGGACAGGCUCCAAUUAGAUCGAAUGUGGAUUACCAGAUGAUUUUCGAGGGUGUACGUGGCAAUGGCUUUCAAGGAGAUAUCGCUCUUGAUGACAUCGAGUUCACAAACUUCGCAUGCGGAAAUCUUCCAGCCAACUCCGUUCCAGUUGCACCAACCACCAAAGCACCAAGCACUCCAGCUUCAACCAGACCUCCCACACCAGCACCAUCACCAUGGAAUUGUAAUUUCACCAAAGACAAAUGCUCUUGGGCAGAUGAUCCAACUGGUCAUUUUAACUGGACCAGACACCAGGGCUCUACUGGAUCAGGAUUAACGGGACCACAGAAUGACCAUACCACCGGAACAGCAAGCGGAUGGUAUAUCUUUAUUGAGACAUCCUACCCACGUGUGCCUAAUGAUACUGCUCGAUUGGUUAGUCAGAGAGUGCCGUCAACCAAUAGAAAAUGUCUCCAGUUCUGGUAUCACAUGUAUGGAGAUCACGUUGAUAACCUGACUAUCUACAUGAAGACUGGCUCUAGUAUGACUAAAUUAUGGCAGAAGCGUGGUACCCAAGGCAACAGAUGGCGUCAUGGCUUACUCAAUAUCGUGUCCAGUCAAAUGUUCCAGAUUGUUUUUGAAGCGACAAGAGGAGCUAGCUACCGAGGUGACAUCGCCCUGGAUGAUAUAUCCUUGAAUGACGGAAGCUGCCCACCUCAAGCGGAAUGCACUUUUGAGGAUACAAACCUUUGUGGCUGGACAAAUGUUCACGGAGAUAAUUUCGAUUGGUCCCGGGCAUCCGGAUCAACUGCCAGUGUCGGUACUGGACCGAGUGCGGAUCACACAUAUGGAACCAGUCAAGGUUACUAUGUGUACAUAGAGGCUUCUGCUCCACGUUCUAAGGGACAUAAGGCUUGGCUGCGCAGUCCGGUAUUCACUCCAUCAACCGGUCGUUGCUUACAGUUCUGGUACCAUAUGUAUGGAUACAACGUCGGAACCCUGAAUGUUCUUACGUACUCAAACGGGUCGCGGUCAACUCCAUUGUACUCCCUUAGUGGAAGCCAAGGGAACAUCUGGCGUAUUGCGCAAGUUACUAUUGCCAGCACCGUUAACCAUCAGAUGAUAUUUGAAGCUUCUGUUGGAACUUCAUACUCUGGCGACAUAGCAAUUGAUGACGUCCUUAUCAAAGAUGGCGCUUGCCCAUUACCAGGAAAUUGUGCUUUCGAGACUGGGAUGUGCACAUACAUGAAUGUCAAAACUGGAGACGAAUUUGAUUGGUUGAUCGGUUCUGGAGGUACUACCAGCCAAUUUACAGGCCCAAGCGUUGAUCACACAACGGGAACGAAAUCUGGUCGUUUCCUGUUCAUAGAGACAUCAUGGCCUCGACUUCCAAAGGAGACAGCAAGAGUUGAAAGCGAGGUCAUCAUGGGCUCCAGCACCGGUACAUGCUUACGCUUCUGGUAUCACAUGCAAGGUGCCCAUAUUGGAACAUUCAAUGUAUAUUUGAAGAUAAUUGGGAUCUCGACCUCCAUUCUUUGGAGUUUGAGUGAUGCACAGGGAUCGAGCUGGUUGCAAGGCCAGAUUCCGGUUAAAAGUGGAAGACGAAAUUUCCAGAUCGUAUUUGAGGGUAUACGAGGGUCAGACUACCAGGGUGACAUUGCUCUAGAUGAUAUCUCCAUGCAAGCGAUCCAGGGAACCUGUCCACUGCAGCCAACACAGGCUACCCCAUGGGGAUGCAAUUUCGAACAGGACACGUGUAACUGGCGCCAGACAACAGAUGAUUCAUUUGACUGGAGAAGAUACCGUGGGCGGACAAGUUCUACGGGAACUGGCCCCAACUAUGAUCACACUCUCGGCAACUGGUACGGUUACUAUAUGUACAUUGAGACCUCAGCUCCGCGUCGUCCAAACGACACUGCCAGACUAAUCAGUCCAGUAGUACGCGGAAAUGGCACCGUACUUACACAAUGCGUCAGUUUCUACUACCAUAUGUACGGACCGCACGUCAAUACUUUGUCAGUAUACACUAGGUCGAACGGCCGAUAUGACGCCCCGCUGUGGGUUAGAAAUGGUACGCAAGGGCCUAACUGGCGUUAUGGCGAGGUCCAGGUCAAGACUGGUGAUUCCUUCCAGAUUGUAUUCGAAGGAAAACGAGGAUUAGAUUUCAAGGGUGAUAUUGCAAUCGACGAUAUUGAUAUGAAAUACGGAGACUGCAUAUCAUCAGGGAUAUGUACAUUUGAGGCAGCUAAUAUCUGUGGAUGGGUCAACAGCAAAACAGACGCUUCUGACUGGAAAAGAGCAAGUGGUAGCACUGCUAGUGUUGGAACCGGACCCCGGAACGACCACACAUAUGGAACCGGUUUCGGUCACUAUUUGUACCUUGAAACUUCCACAACCUUGCCUGCUGGCUCUAAGGCGAUCAUCAAUACACCAUACUACUACAACAACGGACAGAAGUGUGUUCAAUUCUAUUAUCACAUGUACGGCAAUACAGUCGGACAGCUGAAUGUUUACGUGAAGUACUCCUUCUUCAGCAACCAGUUGUUGUUUAGUAAAUCUGGCAACCAAAACGACACAUGGCGUUUGGCCCAAGUCCAGGUCACGAGAAGAACGUAUUACAGGAUGGUUUUCGAGGCUGUGAAAGGCUCAAGUUUCACUGGUGAUAUUGCAAUUGACGAUUUCAAGAUCAGAGAUGGUGCAUGUCCCAACCCUGGAGAUUGUGAUUUCGAAGAUGGAGACACGUGCUCUUGGACCAACUCACAGGCGGAUGAUUUUGAUUGGAUAGUAGGAAGAGGUGGAACGCCAAGCUUUCUUACUGGACCAAGGAUUGACCACACGACAGGAACUGGUGCAGGGUACUACGCGUUUAUAGAGAGUUCCGCCCCCCGGCGAACAGGAGACAAGGCUGUUUUGACAAGCAUGGAGUUCCCUGCUACCACUGGCGGGGGGAGAUGCAUUUCAUUUUGGUAUCAUAUGUAUGGUUCAUCCAUUGGUACAUUGAACAUAUUCCAGAAGACACUUGUUGGCACAACAGUAACCGGUACAAGGUUGCUAUGGCAGCUGAAAGGAAACCAAGGCAACACGUGGCUGCAGGGGAGAAUUCCCUUGACAUUCAACACAAACUACCAGAUUAUGAUCGAGGCAAUUCGAGGCACAAGUUUCAGUGGAGACAUUGCUGUAGAUGACAUCGAGUUCACUCAAGGCUCCUGCGCAUUCACCCCGUACGCUGCUUUGCCACCUGGCGUCAGUACGCCAGCGCCAACACCAAGUGUGACACCAUCCAGAGGACCUACCGCCGGCAAUACUGGUUUCGACUGCAACUUCGAGUUGGGUUGGUGCACCUACACGACGAACAGUUCAGCAAGAUUCCGCUUCCUCAAGCACAAGGGUAACACAGCUUCUGCUGGCACUGGGCCCCACUAUGACCAUACAUACGGGAACGGCACUGGAACCUAUGUUUAUGCCGAAGCCUCCUCCCCAGCACAACCUAAUGACACGACACAGCUUACAAGUGCCGAAAUCCCUGCUUUUAGUGCACCUGGCAAAUGUCUCAGUUUUUGGUAUCACAUGUAUGGACCGCACGUUGGCUCACUCAGAGUGCUGACCAAGAUUGGAGCCGUAUCAUUCUUGAAAUGGCAAAGAACAGGAACCCAAGGAGACGAAUGGAGACGCGGUCUUGUACAGCUGCCUACCACUACAGCCAAAAGCAGAAUUGUAUUUGAGGCCAUUCGUGGUGUCAGUUACAGCGGGGACAUUGCUAUUGAUGACAUUUCUGUCAUGUCAGGCACAUGUCCACCACCAGAUGAGUGUGACUUUGAGUACAGUGUUGGAGGUAAUAUUUACUGUCAAUGGACCCAGGACAAAACAACCGACAAUUUUGAUUGGACACGAGCCAAUGGACAAACAGCAUCCUUUGGCACUGGGCCAGCUACAGACCAUACCCUGCAAACAAGCCAAGGCUACUACAUGUAUAUAGAAACAUCAUCCCCGCGCCGUCAAGGAGACAAGGCAAGAUUCCUGUCACCGGUUCGUUCACCAACGACCGGCUCAUGUCUGGCGUUCUGGUAUCACAUGUACGGAACAACAAUCGGCAGCCUUUCUUUGUACAGUAGAGUCAAUAGUGCAGAUAAUUUGCUGUGGAGCGAGUCAGGAAAUCAAGGAAAUAUUUGGAGAAUGGCCAUGAAAACACUAACUUCAUCUUCUAAUUAUCAGCUCAUGUUUGAAGGAACAGUUGGUUCCAGUUACACGGGAGAUAUUGCCAUUGAUGAUCUGAAAAUAGUUAGCGGAGCAUGUCCUCGCCCAGGACAUUGUGAUUUCGAAGCCUUUAAAACAUGCACAUACCUCCAAGAUCAAAGUGAGGAUAACUUCGACUGGAUACGAGGCCAUGGAGCAACCUCGAGUUGGCGCACGGGCCCGUCUAUUGACAACACCAAGAAAGAUGCCAGUGGUCAUUAUAUGUAUAUCGAGGCCUCGGCCCCACGAAAGCAAGGAGACAAAGCAAGACUCGUCAGUGAGUUCUUCCCCCCAACUGGAACUUUUGGCAGAUGUGUGAAAUUCGCUUUCCAUAUGUUCGGCACGUCAAUGGGAACUCUCAAUGUUUACGUCAAAACUGGGGCAGGGAAUCAGUCAGAAACUUUGAUUUGGUCAACGUCAGGCAACCAUGGAAACGUUUGGAUUCCGACUGCCCAGGCCCCUAUCGUCUCUUCUCAGAGCUAUGCAGUUGUGUUCGAAGGGAUUGUGGGUUCAUCCUACAGCGGAGAUAUUGCAAUUGAUGACAUAUCUUACACCAAUUCACGAUGUUCACAUAUCCCAGCAAGCUCUGCUCCCCCGACGGUAGCACCAACAACAACCGUGCCAUCCGACAGUAACUGUACAUUUGAAACUGGUCUAUGUAACUGGAGGCAGCUGACCACAGAUAAUUUUGAUUGGAAGAGGAACAAGGACAACACUGGAUCGGUGGGGACCGGGCCAGUUGGUGACCACACUACAGGCAAAGGUCAUUACAUAUACAUCGAGACUUCGUCACCAAGAAUAGCUAAUGAUACUGCGGUGAUAGAAAGCCCUCCCAUUAAGCCAUCGCGCUCAAUUGUAUGUUUGCAGUUUUGGUACCACAUGCACGGAGCACACGUGAAUCAGCUCAAUGUUUACAAGCAAAGCGGUUCACGAUUCGUCAGGAUCUGGGCUCGAAAGGGAACACAAGGCAACAAGUGGCGAAGUGCACAGGUCAAUGUUUAUUCCAGUAGCGUAACUCGGUUGCGAUUUGAAGGAGUGCGGGGAACAAGUUACCAAGGGGAUAUUGCAGUUGACGACGUCGUUGUUUUGGACAGUUAUUGCCCACGCGCAAUGUAUUGUGACUUUGAAGAUACGACACUUUGCGGUUGGUCAAACAGACGUGGAGACCAGUUUGACUGGACAAGAGGUAACCAGGGAACACCAUCUUUGGGUACUGGACCGUCUACUGAUCAUACCACUGGAACAAGUCAGGGAAACUAUGUCUACAUUGAAACCUCUUAUCCAAGAAGACGAGGAGACAAAGCUUGGCUCUAUAGCCCGGUAUACCCGGCGUCUGUGAAAGGAAGAUGUCUCAACUUCUGGUACCACAUGUACGGUGCGGACAUUGGUAGCUUGAAUAUUUACCUUACUACACCAACAGGAACACCGCUGUGGAACAGAACUGGUAAUCAAAAUAAUGUUUGGAGACAUGGUCGUGUCACCCUACAGAGCAAUUCUUCAUACACGGUUGUUAUAGAAGGUAUUGUUGGAAAAAGUUAUCGUGGUGAUAUUGCCCUUGAUGACAUCUAUAUUUCCGAAAUGCCUUGCCCACCACCAGGGUCAUGUGAUUUCGAGUAUGGAAGCUUCUGUACUUGGAACAAUGUCGCAAAUGGCAAUCAAACAGGGCAAGAUGACUUUGACUGGGAAAGGAACAGUGGCUCAACAUCAAGCUAUGGGACCGGACCGACUGUUGAUCACACCGUUGGAACUGCACUCGGAACGUACAUUUUCAUCGAAACAUCUGGUUUCAAUCGAAGGGCCGGAGAAAAAGCAAGACUCGAAAGUGAACUUUUCAGUACCUCAAAUGGAAAAUGUUUGUCAUUCUGGUAUCAUAUGUACGGUCAAACAAUUGGCACCUUCAAUAUCUACUUGAAGAACAGUAAUGGAGAAACACUUUUGAAAACAUAUAAUGGAUCACAAGGAAAUAUCUGGAAGGAAGGGGAAGUUGGACUUUACAGCCGAUCCAAUUUCAGGGUAAUUUUAGAAGCAACUCGAGGCACGGAUUAUCGUGGCGACAUUUCUCUAGAUGAUCUCUACGUUAAGGAUGGCAAUUGUGUUGGCCUUUGUACUUCAGUUGUGCCAAUGGCCAGGGUUCGCUGCGGAGGUUAUAGUGUCUCAGCCGGAACUUGUAGGGUCACUUUGGGCUGUUGUUACGACGACACGGUUCAAAAUGUACCCAAUUGCUUCUACCACCCUGCCACGUGCUCCGCAGUACCUGUUGCAGCUAGGACACAAUGUGGUACAGCGUCAAUCUCGAGAUCUGCUUGUCAAAACAUGGGAUGCUGUUAUGAUGCAAGCUCUAUCAGUGGCGUUAGUUGUUACCAUACACUAUCGAAACCUACACCAUUCCCAAGCGUGAUACCGCCAAUCACAACACCUGCUCCGUCACCAUACGACUGUAACUUUGACGGUGGAUUGUGUCAGUUUGUCAACACCAAAGAUGACAACUUUGACUGGACAAGAGACAGAGGCGGAACUCCAAGUGCUCUAACUGGGCCAUCGGCCGACCACACCCAAGGAAACGCAAAUGGAUACUAUAUGUACAUCGAAACAUCCUGGCAGUCACAUAAUGAUACUGCUAAUCUAAAGAGUCCUAAAAUCGAUUUCAAAACAAAUGGAAACGCGCAGGGAACAGUCUGUGUUCGAUUUUGGUAUCACAUGUACGGCUCACACGUGGAUGCUCUAAAUGUUUUCAUUCAAAAUGAUACUUCUAUGCCAGCCAAGCCAGUCUGGACGAGAAAAGGAACACAAGGAGAUAAGUGGAGACUUGGACAAAUAGUUGUGAAGAGAACACCGGCUUUCAAUGUCAUCUUCCAAGGAACAAGUGGUCCAAGUUAUCAAGGAGACAUUGCCCUCGAUGACGUCAGCUUUGUCAAUGGCAACUGUUUGCCAACAGAUGAAUGUGAGUUCGAAUCCCCAGAUAUUUGUGGAUACACACAAGACCUGUCCGAUGACUUCGACUGGACUAGGGCAACUGCUAAUACCUCAAGUUCCCGAACCGGACCUCCGGCAGAUCAUACAUAUGGAACCGCUUUCGGACACUAUAUGCAUAUUGAAGCAUCAUAUCCGCGCGUACCUGGUGAUCGAGCUGUUAUGGAGUCGCCGGCCUAUCCUGCUACUAUCGGUGGUAAAUGCGUUGAAUUCUACUAUCACAUGUAUGGAGCUGACAUGGGCACGCUUAGGAUGUUCUUAAGGAAAGGAGGAAGGAUUGAUCGAACCCCGGUUUGGACUUUGAGUGGUGACCAAGGAAAUGUUUGGCACCGAGGCUCGUUCACAGUCCAAACAGACCAAAUUUGGCAGAUCGUGUUUGAAGGCAUACGAGGUGGCGGUUAUACCAGUGACGCAGCUAUUGAUGACGUCAAGAUACACAAAGGCCCAUGUCCAUCAAAGGGAUCUUGUGACUUUGAGAUUGGGUACUGCGGUUACACCAAUAUAGACGAUGAUAAAUUUGACUGGAUUCGCCAUUCAGGUGACACCCCAAGUGUCAAAACCGGGCCUAAGGUUGACCAUACCCUUGGAACCUCUCUUGGCCAAUACGUGUACAUCGAAGCCUCGUCACCUCGGGUAGAAGGAGACUAUGCCCACCUUGCUAGCGAGCUCUUUAAAGUCAACCCACAGUUCAAUUGGUGUGUCACUUUCUAUUACCAUAUGUAUGGCCAGUCGGUAGGCACUCUCAUUGUUGAGUCCCUGUAUAGACCGUCAUGGGGACGCGGACGAAGUUACUACAGAACUCACAAAGUCUUACAGGGGAACCAGGGAGAUCGAUGGAACUGGAUGCAAGUUGAUGUCACCCAAAGCUACGAUUUUCAGAUUGUCUUCGAAGGUAAAAUUGGAAAAUCGUACGACGGAGAUAUCAGUCUCGAUGACAUAUCAGUUACACCAGGAAAGUGCCCAGUACCAACACCAUCGCCUUCACCAAACCCAUGUGCUGUGCGUUGCAAGACUUCCAAUCGAUGCAUCCCGGCAACAAAGAUCUGUGACUUCGUCAAUGAUUGCGGGGCCACUGAUGAUACAGAUGAACGGAACUGCGGAGCCUGUGACUUUGAAUCUGGACUGUGCCAAUGGAAUGAUUCAAGCAUUGGUGUUUUCGACUGGAAGCGUGGCAAUGGAGCUACGGCUACCGCCAACACUGGUCCCUCUACUGAUCACACUAAGGGUGAUAGUUCCGGGUAUUAUGCUUACGUCGAAGCAUCAGUUGGUAGCAUGUACAGUUUAGCCACUUUGCAAAGCCCAAGUUUGAAGCAAGCUUCGGCAACGUGUCAAAUGAAUUUCUGGUAUCACAUGUACGGAACUGGCAUUGGGGACUUACGAGUUUAUAUAGAAAUUGGAACAUCCCUCACUCUUUUAUGGCACCGUAGUGGAAAUCAAGGCGACCAAUGGACUCAGGGAACAGUAUACAUCAUGCGCAGAACAGUUCCUUAUAAAAUCAAGAUAGAGGCUGAAAGAUCAUACAGCACGCGCGGAGAUAUCGCUGUUGAUGAUAUUACGUUCCAGGGAUGCUCUUUACCAACCGCUGCUUCUUCCUGCUAUUACAGAUUCAGGUGUGCAAAAACGCAAGCGUGCGUGCCAUACUCUAGGCAGUGUGAUUAUACCGAUGACUGUGGUGAUGGAACUGACGAAAUCAACUGCCAAUACCCACAGAUCAGUUUAAGUUGUAACUUUGAAUACAGUCUGUGCUACUGGCGGCAGCUGACAGAUGACCAAUUUAACUGGACCCGUUCUUAUGGCUCAACUGAUUCUUCUGGUACUGGUCCUCUCUUUGACCACACAUCUGGAACUAAUUAUGGCAAGUAUUUAUAUGCUGAAGCAUCCUACCCUCGCAUAAAGGGAGACAAGGCUCGCAUUGUCAGCAGGAACGUGAUGCCAUCUUCUGCUUCUGGUACUUCAUGUAUGAUACGGUUUUAUUAUCACAUGAAUGGAGACCACAUUGGAAGACUCAGUGUAAAAACAAGGCAGUGCGAGGCUGCCGGUUGCCCAGAGACGCUCGUUUGGACUCGUAACGUGUCGACCGGAGACGUAUGGAUAAGGCAUGCCUCGGUUCUGAGAAGCAGCCAAGCUUUCCAGGUCAUUAUUGAAGCUGAACGAGGAUCUGGUUACAUGGGAGACAUAGCAAUUGACGAUGUGUCUUUUUAUGGCUGCAUACCAUCCUUCAGACCUCUGCCAACUCCAGCACCUUCCACAACACCGAAGCCAACAACCACUCCGUGUGCGUCAAACCAGUUUUACUGUCCAGGAGAUGCCACUUGUAUUGAAGCAAAGAAGAGAUGUGAUUACAAUGCGGAUUGUAAAGACGGUUCAGAUGAAGCGAAUUGCGGAAACUGUAACUUUGAAAAGGACUCUUGUGGCUACAAAGAUAGCAGUACUGGCAAGGUCAUGUGGGGAAGAGCUAGCCCGGCAUUGAGCCCUGUUGUUGAUCCAACUGGACAAGGACGAGGACCUCAAACAGACAACACGAAGAAGACAGAUCAAGGUUACUUGAUGCGCACAAUAGAAGGUUCUGGAACUUUGAAUAGGUAUGCCGUCUUACGUAGUCCCAUGUUGAGCAAGACUGGGCCUAACUGUGCUCUGGAAUUCUAUUACUACAUGAACGAAACACAGUACAGUUGGUUGAGUGUUUACGGGAUUGCAAACUCGAUUCAAUCGAGACUAUUUUCUACAACAUCACGCACUAACGGGCAAUGGAAAAGACAUCUGUUAUGGUUAGGAUCGAGGCCUUCAGGCUGGCAACUUGCGUUCACGUAUUACCGACCGUUCUUUGCCAUUGAUGAUAUCAGAUUUGUCAACUGCUCCCUGGCUCCAGACAGAGGAGGCCAGUGCAAGAAAGAAGAAUUUGCUUGCACAAACGGCGCUUGUAUUGCAGGAAAUAGGAUCUGUGAUUUCCAAGAUGAUUGUGGAGAUGGCAGUGAUGAAGGAACUAGACUUUGCAGUGGUUAUAAGGAGAGAUGCAAUUUUGAAACUGGUGGUUGCAACUGGCUUCAGGUCCAAGGGGAUAACUUUGAUUGGAGCAGACGACGUGGCUCAACUGGGUCAACUGGUACUGGACCUGGAACAGAUCACACUCGAGGAGACGUUCUUGGCUACUACCUGUAUAUUGAGACUUCCUCGCCGAGGGUUGAAAACGAUACGGCUCUACUGAUGAGUGCGCCCUUUAAGCCAGUUACUGGCUCCAACGAUUGUAGGCUGAGAUUCUUCUAUCAUAUGUUUGGGGAUCAUGUGAAGGAGCUCAACAUCUGGUUGAAAACAUCAGCACAUCCUUACUCACCAAUGAAGAAAGUCUGGGCAAAACAAGGCAGUCAAGGUGAUUUCUGGUACAGGGACGAAAUCAACCUCAGUUUCAUGACAAGAAACUUCCGUGUUGUGUUUGAAGGAAAGCGAGGUGGUGGCUUCCAAGGCGACAUAGCAAUUGACGAUGUGUCUUUCACCCCCGGUUGCAACGUAGACUUUUCAGUUACAUUGCCACCAAAUAUAGUCACGGCAUCUCCACCACCAGGGUGUCAAUCUGGCGAGUUCAGAUGCAAAAGUGGUCAGUGCAUUAGUGCCAAGCUGUUCUGUGACUUCAAGAAUGAUUGCAGUGACGGGUCGGAUGAAGCAACUUGUACAAGUUCCUGUGACUUUGAAAAAAGCACGUGCAACUGGGUGAAUACCAGAAUGGGCGACCAAAUGGAUUGGUUCAGACUGCGUGGAAGAACCGGAGCAAAUGGCACAUGGCCAUUGGCAGAUCAUACUACAAAUACAACAAGCGGUUAUUUCAUGACCUUGGGUCGGGCGCUUGUCGGUGGCGCGUUCCCGAACGCACAUCUGGUCAGCCCGCUUUAUCUCAGAGGUUCUAGAAACUGCAAAUACAAUUUCUGGUAUAACAUGGGUCACUGGAGUAAUUACGACAAUAUCGCAUUCAGAGUGUUGUAUCGACGUGGAGGUCGCGACACUGUCCUGUGGUCAACUAGCUCAAAGACAGACAAUAAAUGGAAGGCUGCUUCAGUGCCACUACCUAACUGCCCCACGGAUUUCCAAAUUGUGUUAGAAGCCCAUAGAUUCUGGCAGCGGUCCAACUAUGUUGCUGUUGAUGACAUUGGCUUCCAGUGCACAGACCCAGCCCCACCGUCGUCUUGUUCUGCAAGCCAGUUCAAGUGCACGGUGACCAACCAGUGUGUCGACAGAAAUACUUUGUGUGAUAAUGACAGAAACUGCUGUGAUGGUUCUGAUGAGACCGAUAGUCUCUGCAGUUCUUACAAACGCACAUCAUUUGAAACUGGCCUGGAUAUAUGGACUCAACUGCAGAGUGACGACUUUGACUGGACUUUAACGAGUGGCCAUACAGGUAGCUUUGACACUGGCCCAAGCAGAGAUCAUACGCUCCAGGAAGAGCAUGGUAAAUACAUAUUUAUGGAAGCGUCAAGCCCAAGGAAGACGAACGACACAACACGCCUUGCUAGUCCAACCAUCAAAGGCUCCGGAACGCGCGCACGACGUGCCACUGGCGACUGCCGUAUGCGCUUCUUCUACCACAUGUCUGGCGCACACAUUGGACAACUGAACAUCUAUACUGCCACUACUUAUGGACAGCCUGGUAACAAAGUCUGGAGUAUGUCUGGUGAUAAAGGUAGUCAGUGGUUGAGAGGUGAAGUUCAGGUUUCAAAUUCUGCAAACUUCCAAGUUAUUAUUGAGGGCAUUGUAGGCACUGGCUUUGCUGGGGAUAUUUCUCUCGACGACAUCUCGUUCACACCAGGAUGCAAUUUCAAUGGUGCUAGAUUGCCAGGCCAACCGACACCACCACCUGUUGACCCGUGCUACCCUAACUUCUACUGCGUAAAAGACAGAAAGUGCAUUUCGCGAAGAUUUGUUUGCGAUUUCACGCCUGACUGCACUGGUGCGACGGACGAGGCCCCAGAUAUGUGUGGCUAUCCAUGCUCGUUCCAAAAUGGCUGGUGUGGAUAUAAGAAUCAACUCACUGAUGAUUACGACUGGCAGAGACAUAGCGGUGGGACCGCAAGUGCUGGAACAGGACCAUCUACAGAUGCAACUGGAAACAAAACAGGAAUGUACGCCUACGUAGAGGCUUCGCAACGCAGGUACAACAAGAGAGCCGUUCUACUCAGUCCAACGUACGGAGGAGCAUUUGCUGAUUGCACCAUGGUGUUCUAUUAUCAUAUGUACGGUGCUAAUGUUGGUUCUCUCUGGCUUCUCCUCAGUGACGUCACCGGACAUACAGCUAUGUGGAGAUACGCAGGUGCUAGCAAAAACCAAUGGAUGAGGGCAGAAGUCUCGAUUGGUCGUCGACUUCACCCAUUCAACAUGUCAUUCUACAGUCUUAUGGGCAAUGGUUGGCAGGGAGAUAUCGCCAUUGAUGAAAUCAACUUUGCUAACUGCACAAGACCCGGUGCUUGUAAAAAUCCAAUUGGCAAAUUCGCCUGUCGAAAUGGAGCCUGCAUUGACGAGGACAAAGUUUGUGAUUUGACCGAUGAUUGUGGCGAUGGCAGCGACGAAGACCGAGCUGGUAUCUGUCAGGGAUAUAUUGGCUGCACUUUCGAAUCCAUACAAGACUCGUGUAAUUGGACCCAGGCUACGGAUGACGACUUUGACUGGACAAGGGAUCGUGGUGGCACGCCAACAGUCAACAGUGGUCCAACUAGAGACCAUACUUACGGCACCUCAACAGGUUACUACAUGUACAUGGAAACGUCCGGAAGGCGCCAAAACCAAAAGGCUCGCCUCGUUAGCAUAUUGUUCAAUGCCUUAAAAGGAGGCUCAUGUAAAAUGCGAAUGUUUUACCACAUGUUUGGCACACACACUAAAGAUCUUAAUGUUUACGUGCAACUUAACGGCAGCCAGUCAUACACGACUGUUUAUACUGCAACGGGAAAUCUUGGUGAUAAAUGGCGAAAGGCAGUCAUAGAUCUCAGCAAACAAUACUCCCCAUUCAGGGUUGUUAUCGAAGGUGUUCGUGGAGUAAGUUACCAAGGAGACAUAGCUGUUGAUGACAUAUCAUUCACUCCUGACUGCAUCACAAAUGGAAGUAGGCCUGUGUUCCCUACGAGAGCUCCACCUUGUAUUUCUGACCAGUUCACAUGCAGGACCUAUCAUUUCUGCGUCCCAAAAUCAAAACUGUGCGAUGGUAGCAAUGAUUGCCUUGAUGGAUCUGAUGAGGACAAGACCGUUUGUAGUGGUGGCAAUACUGGAAAGCAGACAGGAAAAUCAGGCACAAAAACUGGAGUGACUGCUGCAAUUGUUGUUGGCUGUCUUGUGGUUGUGUUGAUCAUCAUCCUUGUAGCGUACAUCGUCAUGAAGCGAAAGAGGGAAAAGAAGCUGCAUUUGUUCUCAGUAUUCUAUGACCCGUCAAAACAGGAUGUUCAGUCCGGAACUCAAGGUAAAAAGGAUUCUAAGAAGAAGCAAAAGCAGGAAGAAGAUACUGGACUUUCAAACCCUGUUUACGAUGAGAAACCCUUUGAGGACGUAAGUCUCGGUGCAGAAAUAGAUAUGGGAAUGUUUGGAGAAGAUUCUUUCACUGUUCCGACCGAUAACCAAGCCGGAGCGACAUCAAUGGCCAAUCCUCUUUACCAAGACCCGUAUUACGAAGAGGAUGGACCCAUGUCUGAAUGCUGAACAAACUGGGUUAAUAAUCGCUGAGGUUAUUGCUAACUGCAUUUUGUUGUUACCGCAAGAUGUUCCAGUGUUGUUUAUAGAUACCAUUUGUCAUUCAAAUCUAGGAAUUUUUUAAUUUUUAAUUGGUUUUGAUUUAAAUACAUGUUCAGCGUUUAUUAAGUACCUCGUGUAACUACCUCGUUAGAAAGAGGUUUUGCUGCAUUUCUAAAGGCAUACAUUUAUCAGCGUUUAUUAAGUACCUUGUGUAGCUUCCUCGUUACAGAGAGGUUUUUGCUGCAUUUCUAAAGGCAUAUACAUUUUAACUUUAAACAUCAAAACGAUAUUUCACCUAGGCAAUUUUGCAUGAUAAUUCAAUGUUUCAUUGUUAUUGCUAGAUUUUUUAAAGGAGUCUGUUUCUAAAAUUCAUGCACAUAAAGCCGUAAUACAGCUUGGGAUUAGAUAAUUUUUAAUGUGCUGUCGAAAUAUUAUUUCUUAAAUAUUUGACAACUCGGUUUGCUGCUUUUUCAAGCCAAUUACGUAUUUUCUAAUAGCAUCGUAUAUAUUACACAAAACAGCAUAAUUUCUUCGAUGAUGGAGCAAAUUAUUGCAAAUAAUCAAAAAACAAGGCUGUAUAUUUGUUGCAAGACAACAUAUCAUUUUUGCUUCAACUGUAUAAAGUUUGGUAAUCCGUAUCGAUAGUUGAUUUUAUAGAUUUACUAUACUAUUCUAAUUAGGAAAACGUUUGAUAAUGUAGUUUCAUUCUUAUUCCUGGAAUGAAUCGAAGUUGUUUUCAUACUUUCGUUCAGUUUUUAAGCUUAGAUACAUAAAGAUAUAUUUUGGAUUUAGUGAUUUUUUCUAUUGCCUGGUGCAAAUCAAAAAGGGAUGUUAUUAGUCAUUGAAAUUGGUAUUUUUGUACACUAAAUGAGUCUUAAAUUGUUUGAUUUUUUCCGAGCCUUUUGUUUAUUUUCGUGGUACCACUUAAUUUCAUAAAAAUUAGGACAUAAGGACGAAGAGUUGUUAAGUAAAAUGUAAAAAUGUAUCUUGUGCCCAGAAAACCUGCUCAAUGUGGUUGUAGACGUCUGUAGAAUUUGCCCCCACCCCCAAGGUUUCUGGACGGUACCACUUUUCUUGUGAACACGAUGCUCGGAGAUAUUCAUACGUUGUUUCUGAACUUUGUAUCUAAGGGUUACAUUGCAUUGAAUACGUAAUUUGUACAGAAAUGUAAAUGAAUUGAAUGCUGCAGCGUUGAUCCUAGAUGUUAUUUUCA